UGGGGUAGCGUCGUUUGCUGGUUCCAUGGAGACUCGCUCGUUUAUUAUCUGCCUGGGUCCCGCCCUUUUUUCCUUCUCUUCUCGACACUAUUCUUUUUGACAACUCUCUACACCAUGUCGACACCACAAAUUGAUCCCGUCUACAAUGACCACCCUGACGACGAAAAAAAGGUCAACCUCGACGAUGCUCGCGAUGAGGAUCCUUUUGGAAAUGAGGAGUGUGCUGAGGUCAAAUAUCGCACCAUGACCUGGUGGAACUGCGGCAUGCUGAUGAUCGCUGAAAACAUCUCGCUGGGCAUUCUCUCUCUCCCCUCCGCCAUGGCCACACUCGGCAUUGUUCCCUCCAUCAUCCUCAUUCUCGGCCUCUCCGGCAUCUCCUGGUACACAGGCUAUGUCAUCGGCCAGUUCAAGCAGCGAUUCCCCCACAUCCACAGCAUGGCCGACGCUGGUGAGAUGCUUAUGGGUCCGUUCGGGCGCGAGUUCGUCGGUGUCUGCCAGCUGCUGUUUCUCAUUUUCCUCAUGUCGAGUCACAUUCUCACCUUUACCGUGCUGUUCAACACCAUCACCGGCCAUGGUACCUGCACGAUUGUCUUUGGUGUGAUUGGGCUGAUUGUGAGCUGCAUCGGUGCUUUGCCGCGCACCAUGGCCAAGGUGUACUGGAUGUCUCUUGCUUCCUGCAUCUCGAUUAUGAUUGCUACCCUCGUCACCAUGAUCGCUAUUGGAGUCCAGGCUCCAGACCACGUCGAAGUCGACGUCACCACCAAUGUCUCCUUUGCUGAAGGAUUCCUGGCCGUCACCAACAUUGUCUUUGCUUUCAUCGCCCACGUCGCCUUCUUCGGCUUCAUCUCCGAAAUGCAAGACCCCCGCGACUUCCCCAAGUCCCUCGCCAUGCUGCAAGUCACCGAUACAACCAUGUACAUCAUCACUGCGGUAGUCAUCUACCGCUACGCCGGACCGGACGUGAAAUCGCCCGCUCUCUCUUCCGCCGGCCCGUUGAUGAAAAAGGUUGCCUACGGUCUUGCCAUCCCGACUGUCGUCAUCGCCGGUGUUGUCUUCGGGCAUGUGGCUUGCAAGUUCAUCUACGUCCGUAUCUUCCGUGGCUCGGACCACAUGCACAACAACAGUUUGCUCUCUGUUGGUUCGUGGGUCGGUAUUGCGUUGAGUAUCUGGACUGUGGCGUGGAUUAUCGCCGAGUCGAUUCCGGUGUUCAACGACCUGCUCAGUUUGAUUAGCUCCCUCUUCGGCAGCUGGUUCAGUUACGGUCUCCCUGCCAUCCUCUGGUUCAUCAUGAACAAGGGCGAAUACUUUUCCUCGCCACGCAAGAUCUUCCUCACCAUCGUCAACGUGAUCAUCCUCGGCAUUGCCUGCGCUAUUUGCGGUCUCGGCCUCUACGUCUCUGGAAAAUCCAUCCACGACAACGCCAGCAGUGCCAGCUGGACCUGCGCGGACAAUUCCACAUAAGCACUCUACAGCAUACUAUAUGCUAUCUCAUCUCAUGCAUGUUGGAAUGAAACAAACGAAAUUUCGGAUGCAUAUCUUGAGCUGGACUUGGAUACCUAUCUGUAUUUAUUAUUGUUGCAUUAGCGUAUUAGAUGAAUGAUCACCUCAAUUACUUUAGAG